AAAGUUUAGAAUUGAAAAAAAAAAAAAAAGAUUUUAAACAAGCUGCCAAAUGUUUUUGGAAAGAGCUUCCACCAGUCCACCACUUGAGCAUAAAAAAAAUAAUUGUCAAACUAGUUGUACUUCUGCUAUACCCAUUGGACUGUAAGGAAAAUUGCUCUUAAUUCAGCUUCCAUGGCUGAACCUGCUUUCUCCAUUCUUCCAUGUAGCAUCUGUAAAAAGCACCAUCAACGAUGGCUAGAGUUCACCAACCAUCCAUUCCUUAUGUCUCCUGGGCUCAAUAUUUCACCUAGAAUAUUCUUCAGACUUAACAAAAUCCAUGAAAGACUUUGAACUUUUUGCCUAACUACCUCCAAUGGAUAGAAAAAUGCAACCUACUCCUUGUAGGGAGGGCUUCAUUUGAAACUCCCCAAAGUAUCACCUCGUUUUGAAUGAGAGAGAAUCGAAAGAAUUCUUUCUUAUCUAUUUGAAUGAAAGAUUACAAGCUUUAUAUAUAUUGAGCUAGAGCUAACAACACUAACAAUGUAAAGACCGCCUAACUUUAAUAUAGUAGAUCAUGAAAUAAUUAGAGUUUAAUUAUGAGAUUGAGUUAUAAAUCAUGAUUUACGCAUUUGUGGAGAUUUAUAUGAAUUCAGAUUAUGCUAUUUAUGAUAUAUGUGUAUUUCUUGUUUAUCGUAUUUUGUGCCUAGUGGCAGUGGAACGCGACGUUGGGCCAUUAGAGAGUCACGUUUUUAUAUGGUUUAGAAUUUUAUUAGUAGCGGGACAACAUGGUUGAUCAUUGGAAAUAUCGGGAAAUUGUUGGAUUGGAUCGGAGUCCGAGGGACAAUACUUGCAUUAUAUUCCUCUUCAAAUUCUUCUUUGCACCUUUCAUGCUUGCUUUACAUGUUUUUCAUUGAGAUUUUUACACCUCAUGUCAAAAUUGACAUCUUUUUUUACAUUUUUAUCAAUACACGGUUUUUUAAACUUUUUUAACUUUUACAUUUUUCAAUUUUACUUUUCAAAAAGUUUCAUAAUUACAAUUUUACCUUUUCCCUUCUUCCUUACACACGUACACGCACGCCACCUCAUAACUCCUUUCUUAUUUUUUUUUUUUUUGAAUUUUUCAUUUAUCUGAUUCUUCCACUCUUCAAAUCGAGCUUCCCACGAUCACCAUUAUCAAGCCCUAACCCAUUUCUUCUUCCCACGAUCACCUUCUCCAAGCCCUCACCCACGUUUUCCUCAACCUACAUUGUCAUCCUCCACUAUAUUUUUUCUAUAUAAAUGGCAUCCACUAGAAGUGGUUCGAAAUCACCAUCUCCGGCGAAGAAACUUUCUAAAAAAUCGAAGAAGCCUCCAACUGUUACUUCCAAAGUCGAAGCUAAGAUGGGGUUAAAAAAAAUUGCUAAAAAUUUAGUGGGUGAUGUUCCAGAGACAUCGGGCACUAAGAAAAGAGCCCUUCCAGUUAAGGCCGAUGCUCAUAAGCCUAAGAGAGCAAAAAUUUCCAAGUCUGCACGCGAUGUAAGUUUCUCUUUGUUGUUUUUAAAUUUUUCUUUAGUUUUUUUCUGGUUGUUUUAUUUGUGGUGUUACAUUUGAUGAUUUAAAGUUUUCCCCAUUUUUUGUUCUAGGUUUCCUCAGAUUCUGAUUUUGAGGAUGAAGUGCAUGCUGAGGACCAAAAGCCUAAAGUUAAAUCGAAGGUCCAUGCUAGGACCUCAGAGAAGGUUGAAGGAUUUGACUUACCAAAGAAAAAUCCCCCUAAGGUGUCCUUUUUUUAAAAAAAAAUUAUUUUUAUUAUUUGUUUUCUGUUUUUGUUUUAGUUUUUUUUGUUUUUGUCCUGAUUUAUUUUGUUUCAAUUGAUACAGGAAUGGGAUUAUAUUUAUGACCAGAAGAAUCUCUUCAUUGCGAAAGCCUUUUCGACUGCUACUUUCCAGGUGAUAGAGAACAUUAAGUCUUGUCUUUCAGAUGUACAGCUUGAAAUGUUUUCCAAAACCUGUUUUGGACAUUUCCUUAACCUUCCUGAUUUUAAAGUUCAACCCCAAGUGUUUCAUGGGUUGUUGCUCCGGGAGGUUCAGCAACCUAAUGAUGCUGAGUUGUGGGUAAUGAUACGCGGUGUUAGGCUUAGGUUUAGCAUUGAGGAGUUUGCUUUGAUUACUGGGUUAGACUGUGAAUGUGACUGUAGUGUUUUAGAUUUUAAGCAAGACGUUAAUAGUCUUUGUGAAAAAUAUUGGCCAACUUCGUCCUCUAUCACUAAGGAAUCUGUUAGGGAAUGUUUUACCACCAAGAGGUGGGGUGAUUCUGAUGAGGAUGCUGUGAAGUUGGCAGUUUUGUAUUUUGUGGAGUGGUUCUUGCUUAGUGGCACUAAGCAUAAAAAUGUACCUAAGUCUAUUUUAGAUGUUGUAGAUAGUGGGAGGUACAAUGAAUUUGCUUGGGGCCGGAGUUCUUUUGAAUUGAAUAUUUCCUCAUUGAAGGGUAAGCUUGAUAGUUGGGUUGAGGGUGUUAGGAAGGCAAGGAGUUCGGGAAAGAGGCCGAGUGUUUUUUACACUUUGAUUGGUUGUCCUCAUGUUCUUCAAAUUUGGUUCUACGAGUGUUGUAAGUACAUGAAAGGUAAGUACUGCCAAAAGGAAAACUCUCGUAUUCCAAGGAUCACUCAGUGGACAUGCAAUAGUCAGCCUACUUUCAAAGUUUUGAAGACUACUAUUUUUGAUGUUUCUAAAGAUAAGGUAUAUCUGUUUGUUGUAAUUUGGUUUUUCAGUAGUUGUUUUUAUGUUGUUUUUCAUUAUUAAUAAUCUUCAUAAUUGAAAUUUUCAUUUUGUUGUUUUUUGAUCAGCUGCAACUUUCAAAUAUGAGGCCCACGGCUGGUGAGUUCAAAGCUUUGAAACUGAGCAGUUUCAAGUUUGACACUGACUACAACUCUUACAAGAGUCUUCCUGUUCCCGAAGAGCCAACUGUUGCUCAGAGUGACAUUUCUGUCAAGCUUGAUGCUUUUUCUGAGAAAUUUGAUGGGUUGGAGGUCAAGAUCGAUUUGUUGCAUACUUCCCAACAGAAGAUUUCAUCAGAUUUGGUUGAGUUGAAAGAGUUUGUGUCUGCACAGUUUGUUUCUUUUGGUGCUCAGAUGGCUUCAAUGCAGACACAGUUUUCUACUGUUUUUGCCGAUUCCUAUGCCAAGGACAAAGGCAGUGACUCUUCCAAUGAUGAUGAUGGAAGUGGUGAUGAAGCAGAUUUUGAUUUAAAUGAAUCUGAAGAAACUGAUGACAAUGAAGAAGAGAAUGUUAUGGGUGAUGAAGAAGGUGAGGGUAGUGAAGGUGAAGAGAAGGAUGGUCAAGCUGAUGAAGAUUCUGACUCAAAAGAAAAAAAUGAUAAGGGCAGUGAUGAUGAAUCCACUGAUAGUGAGGAGAAGGUAGAUAAGUAGACAAUGUAACUAGGUUUUAGUUACUUUGUGUGGUUUAUUUUGUUGUAAGUCCGUUUUAGGUAGUGGUCUUGUAAUUCUAUGUUCUUGUUAUGUCUCUUGUUAUGUUUUAUUUUUUUUUAAAAAAAAAAAAUUUACAACUAUUUUUCAGACUAUUUAUUUGUAUUUAUUAUGUUAUUUAUAUGGUUGUGUUUAUAGAUUAUGUUGUUCGCAAUUUAUUGUUGGUCUUCUUAUUUUACUUGUUGUUUUUAUUUUGUUUUUAAGUUGUUAUGUAGUUUUUUUUUUUGUUGUUGAAGUCUUUCACAAAAAAUAACUUCACUUUUUUUUUCCAUUUUCUUUUUCCUUUAUUUUCUGUAUCAAGAAUUUCGUUGAUUUCAAUGACGGGCCUACUCAAAUAGAUGUUGAGGCUACUGUUCAGUCCGGUGUAAAAGCAGUUGAGAUUAUGGUAAUGUUGCUUUUGUGUUGUUUUUUGGUUGUGUAAAGGUUGUUAUUUUUUAACCAUGCUCUAAUUACUUUUUAAUACCAUAUAUAAACAGAUGUCUUCAGAUGGAAUUGGUGGUGAUUCUUGUAAACAGAUUUCAGUUUCUGAAAAUGUUGAGGUUACGGAUCGUCGUCUUGUUUGUUUUGAGGUAUAUUUUUUUUUGGUUGUUUUUUAGUUUCUUCAUACUUUUUGUGUUUAACACUGUCUUUUUUCUUUCAUUUUUGUGGAAAAAAUAUAUUAGAUGGGUGCAACAGGUCUCAAUGUUGAUUCUAACAUUGAACUUGAAGAUGACCCAAUUCCCGUUGAAGAAACUCCUCUUGUUGACAAGAGGAAAUCUAAGAAACCCAUAGCGCUGACGUCUCCGUUUAUGGAGUAUGACUCUUCCAUUUCUAGUUCUAAAGAUGGUUCUGGUUAUGGAGUUGUUAAGUAUGUGGCUGGGUUGUGUCCUCUCGAUGAUAAGAUUGGUGAAGAUGUAGAACAUAAAGACGAGAAUGAUUUUGACUUGUGGCUUGGUGAAGGACGCCGAUCGAAGAAAGAUCCGUAAGUGUUUAUUUUCAGCAUUUUUGUUGUGUUUUUGUAUUUUUUGUUUUUUACUUUACUAUUUAUGUUUCAAUUUUUUUUUUUUAAUGUUAGGCAUGACAAGGACAAGGUUUACUUGAAGGGUAAGGAUAAGAUUGUUCCCCCUUUUCGUUUUGACGUGGAAGAUGUUGCAACCAAGAUGUGGUUCCACAAGCUUCCAUAUCCUGGCCAAUGUUUAACUAAUUCUGUAAGUUAAUUUAUUUUUUCUUUUGAUUUUUUUCAAAAAUUUCAGUCUAUAGUUUUCUUCAUGUUGUUUGUUGGUUGUUUUUUAGUUGUUGAAAUAUAAUUCAUUUUCUGAUUUUCGAACAUUUCUCAUUUUUUAUUGUUUAGCAUCUGGACAUCAUUUUUUACUAUCUACGUAAAAAAGGAAAGUAUGCAAAGGAGCCAAAGGUUAAGUUCACAACCACCGAUUCCUUAUUCUUUAAAACCAUUCAUGCUUUGUAUGAACAAUUUAUUGCACAGAAAAAAAAAUCUUUCUUUGAUAACUGCCCAGCAUGCCAUUGCUGAUUAUAUCAGAGGUAGAAAAAUGUUAUGUGGUUCCCCUUGGCAUUUGUGCGAUCAUGUUUUGUUUAUCAUCCAUAUGGAGACUGAAUCACAUUGGAUUCUUGGUCGAUUGAAUAUUGAGGAAAGGCGUAUGUACAUGUACAACUCCUUGUCGACUGCUAUGAAAGAUAGUGCUGCUAUCAAAGCUUGUCAGCCAUUUGCGGUGUUGUUGCCCCACUUUUUUGCUUUGUUUGAUGAGUUCAAAAAGGAAAACAAACCGGUUUGUUUAGACCCUUUCGAAGUUGUUAAGGUUGAUGGUUUGCCUCAACAAACCUCGAAGUAAGUUGUUUUUAUUUUUUAUUUUCAAAUGUUUUUAAAAUUUUGUAUGUUAUUUUCCUUUUUUAAGUUUUUCUGCUGUUGUUUUUUGGUUGUUUUGCAGUGACUGUGGUUGUUUCGUUGCAUCGUUUGCCGAAUACUUCAUUGAUAUGAAACCGAUUCCUCCCAUAUUUGAUGUUGAGAAACACCGUGAUAGGCUUGCUGUGUUGUUCUAUAAGUAUGCUCGCAUGAAAGAAUUGGAUUUUAUUGAUAGUGAAGAUGAGGCUCCUCCAAAGGGUCCAAAGAAGAAUUUGUCUUAGUUAUCUAUUGGUUGUUGUUGGAAAUACUACUUUUUUUAUUUAGCUUUUGUUUUUUCUAUUACCAGAUUAUGUUCAUAAUCAUAGACAAGUUGUUGUUUCUAUAAUGUUUUUUUCUUUAUUGGAAUUGGUUUUUUAUUUGUUCA